ACAUCAAAUGAUCAAACGUGUUUCCGUUCUCGGUUGCGGUUCUUGGGGUACUGCUAUAGUCAAAGUUGUUGCUGACAAUGUUGCAUCGUCAGGCGAGUUCUAUUCUGAGGUUUAUUGGUAUGUACGAGAUGAAGAACAUGACGAUCAAAGUUUAACCACCUGGAUUAAUAAAGAUCACACGAAUCCCAACUAUUUACCAAAAUUAAAAUUGCCUACAAAUAUUAUCGCAUCUUCUGACAUCAGAAAAGUUGUUGAAAGUGCUGAUAUUAUCAUGGCCGUCUAUCCUCCGUUUUACAUCAUAUGGUUGGUAAACCAUGUCAAAGAAUUUGUCAGGGAGAAGGCUUAUUUUGUUUCAUUUUGUAAAGCAAGGUCUAAUUUUAUGUCCUGGCGAAAAUAGAAUCAGGUUAGUAAGCGAUCUUAUACGAGAGCAAACUGGUAAACGUUGUUUGGUUGUUAUUGGAGCAACAACAGCUCUUGAAGUGGUUGGAGAACAGUUCACCGAACUAACUGUUGGUUCUAAGAGUCUUGAAUGUGGACAUGAAGUUAAAAGACUUCUUCAGACAGAUUAUAUGAAAUUAGUCAUAACUCAAGACGAUGUUGGUGUUGAAUUAUGCGGUUCAUUGAAAAAUGUCGUAGCGAUAGCAGCAGGGAUAUGUGAUGGUCUAAAGUUAGGUGAUAAUACGAAAGCAGAUGUAAUAAGAAUUGGUUUCUGGGAAGUGUCUGAAUUAAUGCAUGAACUAUUUCCUGAUAGAGGUACAAAUUAUCUAACAACAGAGCAAAGUUGCGGAAUAGCUGAAUUAUUCAUGUGCAUGUCUCAUAAAAUCGAUGACAUUUCCGAUAUAGGAGAUCUAGAUCUGUUGAAUAUUAGUAUUGGAAGACGAUUAUCUAACAAUGAUAACAAUAGACCAUCAAUUCGUUCCAUAACUGAUAAAAUACCAUACAGAACUUUUGUAGACGGAGCUGAAUACGCAAAACAGAUAUACAGUAUCUUAGCUGACAGACGUCGUACUGGACAUUUUCCAUUAUUUGUCGCUGUUCAUCGUAUUUGUCAGAAUGAAAUAAAGCCACAAGAAUUAAUUACAUGUUUACAGUCACAUCCUAUUCAUGCUUAACUAUUACUUAUGAGCAACAAGUCAAAAUAAACACAAUUUAUGCUAUUUUUUAUUUUUGCCAUUAUGAGUUUCUUACUGUUUUAAGUACAAACAUUCGAAAAUAGGAUUUCAUUUCUUAUUUUACAAAUUCUUGCUUUUUCUAUGAAUUUCAGCCAUUUAAUGUGAUUUUGCACAAUUAUACAUGAAAUGAGAUUAUAGUCUUUUCAAUCCUUUGCAAUAUACUUUUGUUUUACUUAGCCAACUAAUUAAGCCGAUUCGUAUCGGUUGGAUUAUCAUUACAGUUUUUGCUGCUCACACUAUGAUUUUGCUACAUUUUUAAAAUAAAUAGAUUAACUGCUAUGGGAAAAUAACCAUUGGAUUACAA